AUGGAAGGGGAAAGUACCAACGACUCAAGGCGUCGGGCCUCUGAGGAGGACCUUAUAGGAGGCCGGAGAUCCAGAAGUCACCGUCGGAGAUUAUCGGCUUCAUCCCGCAAUACCGAUUGGAAUGAGCGAUCUAGUUUACUUGGGGUUCAGGAACCUCAUGGACGUCGACGAGACUACUCAACAGUUCCUUCGACGCCUCGCCCGCGAAUUUCCCGGCAUCACUCGACCGUUUCUCCGCAGGACACCCAAAGUCGGAUUCCCUCCUUUGCGCAGCGACUGACAAGCGCACUAUCAAGUUACGAUCUGAAGAACAAAACAACCGAGUCGCUACUAGAGGAGAGGGUGUGGUACGAUCAGUUUACAUCCACUGAUUGGAUAAACGAUUCCAUAAAAGAUGCAAAUAGGGUUAAGGCUCUUAGAGCUCGCAAGGACUUUCGCGGAAGAUUGCAUGCUUGGUUUGAUGGCGCUCAAGGGUGGGUGUUAGUUGCUAUAAUAGGCUUCAUCGUGGCCUGCUUGGCAUUUUUUGUUGAUGUCACGGAGAAUGUCCUGUUUGAUUACAAGGAAGGCUAUUGCACGAAUGGGUGGUAUUUUAGUAAGAAAAAAUGUUGUUUAGGUGACAGUGCAACAUCAUUUUGUCCCAUGUGGAGGCAUUGGUCACAAUUAGUCACGGGUUCAGAAAAGAAGACUGAGUAUAUUGACUAUAUAUUCUAUGUCGCUUUUACGGUGGUAUUAGCCACAACAUCUUCGUUAUUGACAAUGACUACUCGGACAAUAUACCCGGGUGCCCUACAAAUCCAGAAUGUAGACGAGGACUUGACACAAAUAUCUAGAGUAGAUGGUGAAGGGCACAGCAAUUCAGAAUCAAAGGCCGUAAACGCUGCACCCACCAUUUAUUAUUCUGCUGCAGGUAGUGGUGUCGCAGAAGUGAAGGUUAUUCUAUCUGGAUUUGUUCUCCACGGAUAUCUGGGGUUGAAAACGCUUGUGGUGAAAACAUUUGCCCUGAUUUUAAGUGUUUCAUCAGGCUUGAGUUUGGGAAAGGAAGGCCCAUACGUCCAUAUUGCUACAUGCGUCGGAAACAUUGCCUGCCGUUUAUUUCCAAAAUACAACCACAACGAUGGGAAACGUAGGGAAAUGCUCAGUGCAAGUGCAGCAGCUGGUGUCGCGGUUGCGUUUGGCGCCCCCAUCGGCGGUGUUUUGUUCAGCCUUGAGGAAGUCAGCUACUACUUCCCACCAAAAACAUUAUUUAGAACAUUCUUCUGUUGCAUUGUGGCCGCGUUAUCCUUGAAAUUUUUAAAUCCAUAUGGAACAAACAAGAUUGUGCUAUUCGAGGUUCGUUAUGUUACUGAUUGGCAUAUUUUUGAGCUCGUCGCCUUCGUAUUUCUCGGUGUUUGUGGCGGUGUGUACGGCGCUCUCUUCAUCAAAGCCAGCAAGUUUUGGGCUACAACUUUCCGAAAGAAUAAAAUUAUCAAGAACUAUCCAGUUCUCGAACUCAGUUUUGUUGCCCUCGCCACUGGUUUGAUCUCGUACUGGAAUCGAUAUGUUCGAUUGGCUGUCAGCGAGUUACUUUUUGAGCUCGCAAGUCCCUGCACGGGUAGCGAAUCUCAACAUUCUGGGCUGUGUCCUGAGCCAGAUGAGAUUCCAGAGACCAUACUGUAUUUACUGGUCGCUCUUGCCAUCAAAAGUGUUCUCACCGUUAUAACCUUUGGAACCAAAGUCCCUGCCGGAGUUUACGUACCUACUAUGGUUAUUGGUGGUAUCAUGGGACACACUGUUGGUUUAGCCGUUGAAUAUGCCGUCUACAAGUUUCCGAACUCGGCCUUAUUUGAAUCAUGCCCUAUUGGAGGCGCCCCAUCGGCAUGCGUAGUUCCAGGAGUAUACGCAUUGGUUUGCGCCGGCGCUGUAAUGUGUGGUGUCACUCGGCUUUCAGUAACACUUGCAGUCAUUUUAUUUGAAAUGACCGGUAGUCUCGACCAUGUCCUGCCGUUCUCUCUUGCAGUACUUGUGUCCAAAUGGACGGCUGAUGCCAUUGAGCCCUUGAGUAUAUAUGAUCUUCUAACUGCUCUAAACUCAUAUCCCUACCUCGACACCAAAAUGCGACCUGUUUUCUCUUCUCAACUUGUUGACAUUACACCGCGUCUAAGACCCGAGCGUUUGAUAGAUAUUACAGAUUCCGUUCUUGUUCCAGCGGAGGAGCUUCGUGAUAAAUUGCGGAUGCUGCAAAAUGCCGGAGAAUUAGAUGGUGGUCUUCCGAUUGUCAGGGGUGGCAUCCUUGUAGGGCUCAUUCCAGCGCCAGAUUUGGAAUUUGCUCUCGAUAAUCUUCAUUCAGAAGAGGAUGAACUUUGUCUCAUGGCACCAAGGGAGGAUUCAUCUGAUAAUAGUUCGGAUGGUGUUUCGGUAAAAGAUCCGACUGACUUCUCGCCUUAUAUUGAUCCAGCACCUGUUGCGCUUGAGAGACAUUCGCCUAUGGAACUAGUCUAUGAAUGCUUCGCAAAGUUGGGUCUGCGGUAUAUGUGCGUGUUGCGAGAUGGACAAUUUGCAGGAGUUGUGCACAAGAAGGCCUUUGUGAAGUAUUUAAUGGAGGUACACGAGGGGAAGGCUCAUUAA